AGAUUGGUCAGGAACGGCAAAGACAUCCCGAAAAAUUUGCAACAUUAUUGCGCUGGGAGUCGCCGCAGGAUUGACAAGCCGGUGGUUUCCCGGUUUGCGGAGAAAUGAGAACGAUAAAAUGGUAGGACCAGAUGAUCGUCUGUUUCCCAUUGGGUGGGUUGGGAGGGUCGAGGAACUUUCCGGGUUUUCCAACUUAACUUCAAUAGUAAACGUGAUAUGGUAUCUAAGAUCUAUAUCGGAGAUUAAUAAACAAAAGGAGAACCAAGCACGAUGGCUUAUAUUAUGGGUAUAUGCACAAGAGAUCAGGGUAGUGUUACGACUACGUAAUUGGGAGAACAAUGCAAGCAGUUUAGCUCCAACUGUUAACUUUGUUAA